UGGCGUUACGGAUGAUUUUACUGAGUCGUAAACUACUCUGUAAUCAUGGUAGAUUAACACAUGAACCUUGGUCCCCAUGCGCCUUCAGAGCCUUUACAAGCCUCUUCAGCACAGCGGCAGAGCAGCGCAGCACGGGAGAUGAUUGCCAUGGUGACGAUGGUGAUGACGACCAAAGUCACUCUGUAGCACAUGUGAGGAUGUUGGAGAUCAGGGCGAGAAAACUGGAGGAGCAGGUCCGAGAUCUUACUGAAAGAUACAAAAGAGCUCUUGCUGACUCUGACAAUGUGCGGAGGAGAACUCAGAAAUUUGUAGAAGAUGCCAAGUUAUUCGGGAUUCAGAGUUUUUGCAGGGACCUGGUGGAGGUGGCAGACCUGCUGCAGGAGACCCUUUGUGUGGAGGAAGGAGAAGAGGCUCAAGAGCUGAGACAGGGCCUAAAGCACAUCCAGUGUCGACUGCAGGAGGUCUUCACCAAACACGGACUGGAAAAGAUGAGGCCGGUGGGGGGCACGUACGACCCCUACCAGCACGAAAUAGUGUGUCACAUCCCGGCCGAGGAGGCGAAGCCCGGCACCAUCGCCAUGGUGAAGCAAGACGGAUACAUGCUGCACGGGCGCACCAUUCGGCACGCCCACGUGGGCAUCGCCGUACAGACCCAGGAGCAGUGAUGGCGGGGGAGACAACUUUUUUUGAUCUGUCCUGCCUUAAGACUUGUGUACAGUCUUUCAACUUUGCCACCUUUGCCUACCAGAUACUAUUUAAGUCAUUUCACAAAUUUGCUCACUUUGUUAAAUAACUAUUUUCUGAGUUGAUUUUUUUCCCCCCCCUUUUUGUAGUUAUUUGAUGUGAUUAUUUUUGGUGUUCAACAAACUUUGAUCUCUUACAUACAUUUCACUUUUUGAAGCAGACAAUGCAUUGCUUAACGAUACAUAUUUGUUUUGCUGUAUUAUUUGUUUAAUAUUUUAAGUUGUGGGAUAACUCUGCCUUUCAUGACCUCAUAGGUUCACUCUUAAAAGCAUUGUAAUACCUCAUUGCCCGUGGGGGAGGAUUCCUGUUCAGGUUGAGCAGCGAAGAGCAUUCGUAGUGUACUGUAGGUUUGAUGCUGAUGUCGGUUAUGAUCUGUUUGCUGUAACAUUGAAGGAUUUGUUGUUCUCGUGAAACUGGAAUAUUUGCACUUUGCACUCCUGUAUUGCGUCUGUAUACGUACGUGAUGACUGGCAAGGUGUGAAAUGAUAGGAAAGAGUGACUGUGUUUUAGGAAAGGUUUCGUGACAGUUAAGUGUUGUCAGUGUGACAACAUUAAGCAUGCUUCAGUUCUGGGCCUGAAGAGGAGGUAUGCGUUGUCCAAAGAGUAUGUUGACUGUUUUGAUAGCAAACAUCAAGGUGCUUGCUUGUUUCAUGUGCAUAGGAGGAACAUAUCGUUGAUUAGGUUUUGUGGCUUCCCUCUGUUCUAGGCGUUUUUACAUUUCACACACAAUGUAUACCCUCAGCGGCCAAAUGCAUAAAUUGUUUGUCUUCUAUUAGCAGUUCAGACACCAGUUUGACUCUAGAAGAUGUCUCAGGACAUUGACUCUGUGAGGUGAUGGAAAGGUUCCGUGAUACUGUUCGUUUGUACUGACACAAUGACAGUACACAGCUGCUUGUAGAAAUGAUAGCAGCAUGUUCAGGCUUAAAAAAGUCUGUCCCUACAGGUUUGCUGCUGACUGGAUGUUUUUGUUUGCCGUCCAUGCACAAACACACACGCACGCACACACACACA